CCCGCCAUGGGAGCCUGAGCGCCCCCGCCCGGCCCCCCGCCCCCGGGGCCUCGAGGGGGGAAAGGCAGCGUGUGGGACGGAGAGGGGCGCGGACCCCAACCCCCUGUCCAGGCGCGCUGCAGUCCGGGCGCGAGUUCCGAGCGGCGGGUGGGAUACAAAGGCGCGGCCGACCCGCACCCGCAGCGGCGGAUCGUCGCUUGAUUUUCUCUGAGACAAGCCCACUCUUCCAGCAAAAUAGAGUCCCUCAGGGUGACAGUGGAUUUCCUGAAGGUGCCCCUUGGCCUGAAGAAGCCGGCGCUGAAGGAGGUGGCUGUGGGGCCCCCCAAAAGGCCCCAGCCUGUGGCCCUGGAGCGCUACAAGGCUCGGCGUUCAGACGCCAUGGACACCGAGUCCCAGUACUCGGGCUACUCCUACAAGUCGGGCCACUCCCGCAGCUCCCGCAAGCACAGGGACCGCAGGGACCGACACCGCUCUAAGAGCCGAGAUGGGAGCCGCGGGGACAAGUCGGUGACGAUCCAGGCUCCGGGGGAGCCCCUGCUGGACAACGAGUCCACGCGAGGGGAUGAGCGGGAUGACAACUGGGGGGAGACGACCACCGUAGUAACAGGCACCUCUGAGCACAGCAUCUCCCACGAUGACCUCACGCGCAUCGCCAAGGACAUGGAGGACAGCGUGCCGCUGGACUGCUCGCGCCACCUGGGCGUGGCGGCGGGGGCCACGCUGGCGCUGCUGUCCUUCCUCACUCCGCUGGCCUUCCUGCUGCUGCCCCCGCUGCUGUGGCGAGAGGAGCUGGAGCCGUGCGGCACGGCCUGCGAGGGCCUCUUUAUCUCCGUGGCCUUCAAGCUCCUCAUUCUGCUGCUGGGCAGCUGGGCGCUGUUCUUCCGCCGGCCCAAGGCCGCGUUGCCUCGCGUCUUCGUGCUGCGCGCGCUGCUCAUGGUGCUGGUCUUCCUGCUCGUGGUGUCCUACUGGCUCUUCUAUGGCGUGCGCAUCCUGGACGCGCGGGAGCGCAGCUACCAGGGCGUCGUGCAGUUUGCCGUGUCGCUGGUGGACGCGCUGCUCUUCGUGCACUACCUGGCCGUCGUCCUGCUCGAGCUGCGCCAGCUGCAGCCUCAGUUCACGCUCAAGGUCGUUCGCUCCACGGAUGGCGCCAGCCGCUUCUACAAUGUGGGCCACCUCAGCAUCCAGCGCGUGGCAGUGUGGAUCCUGGAGAAGUAUUACCAUGACUUCCCUGUCUACAACCCCGCCCUCCUCAACCUGCCCAAGUCCGUCCUGGCCAAGAAAGUGUCUGGCUUCAAGGUGUAUUCCCUCGGAGAGGAGAACAGCACCAACAACUCCACCGGCCAGUCCCGGGCGGUGAUUGCAGCCGCCGCCCGGAGGCGGGAUAACAGCCACAAUGAGUACUACUAUGAGGAGGCAGAGCAUGAGCGGCGCGUGCGCAAGCGGAGGGCCAGGCUUGUGGUAGCUGUGGAGGAGGCCUUCACCCACAUUAAGCGGCUACAGGAAGAGGAACAGAAGAACCCCAGGGAGGUGAUGGACCCCCGGGAGGCAGCUCAGGCCAUCUUUGCAUCCAUGGCGCGCGCCAUGCAGAAGUACCUUCGGGCCACCAAGCAGCAGCCUUACCACACCAUGGAGAGCAUCCUGCAGCACCUCGAGUUCUGCAUCACGCAUGACAUGACACCCAAGGCCUUCCUGGAGCGGUACCUGGCAGCAGGGCCCACCAUCCAGUACCACAAGGAGCGCUGGCUGGCCAAGCAGUGGACACUGGUGAGCGAGGAGCCGGUGACCAAUGGGCUCAAGGAUGGCAUCGUUUUCCUCUUAAAACGCCAGGACUUCAGCCUGGUGGUCAGCACCAAGAAGGUCCCAUUCUUCAAACUCUCCGAGGAAUUCGUGGAUCCCAAGUCGCACAAGUUUGUCAUGAGGCUGCAAUCAGAGACCUCUGUGUGACCGUGUCGUUCACAGGGGCCUGGGGGGGUGUGUGUGGGGUGGGCUCCUGGGAGCGGUGGAGGGGCCAGUGGAGGGGCCGGACCUCCUUCUACUCUCUUCCUCGUGCUCCUGGUUUGUUUGUUUUUUUUUUACUUGAAUUAGAUCCCCUCCCCUCACUCCUCCCCUGCCCCAUGCCUUGUUUACCCUCCAUGAACCUGAGACCUCCCUGCUGUUUGCAGGGAAGUCCCCUUCUCUCUUUCUCUCCGAUAUCACCCCAGGCCCUGCAGGGACCAGUGCCUCUCCCUCCUUCCCUGGUGACAGUCUCUUCCAAAAGGGCACAGGGCCCUCCGGGAGCCCCUAUCCGCCCUAGAUUCUCAUAGCAGUUCUCCAGCAGCCCUGACACCUCUUUUCUGUGGGUGCAGAAUUGACUCUGAGAGCCCAGGUGCCACUCUAGUUGCCUGUGGCUUCUGGGUGGCCGGGGGUCUGUCCUUCUGGCCACUGACCCGCCCUUGGCAAACCCUGAAUUCUUGAGGCGAGGGCAGCCUGUGACCUCCCACACAGCUCUGGGCUCAGCGUGCCCCGCCAGGAUUGUUCGUUUCCAAGCCUUGGAUUCCUUGCCGCCUUCCACCCCCCACCGUCCACACUUUCAGAAAAGGGAGACCCUGCCCUUUACCCCAUAACUCCACCGUCCAUUUCUGAUCUGCAUGAUCACAUGCCACACAGGCACACUGGGGCGGGGACCCUCUGUGACACUUCCUUCGGGCUCUGGGAGGUAGCACCUUUCUUUCAGUGGGUCUUUCCUAGGCUACCCCUGGGGGAAGGGCAGGAGACACCCUGUGACCAUCAGUGGCUGACCCGCUGAACCCACCUGCACCCGCCUGCACCCAGGCUCUGGCUUGGAGGGGCAGGUUCCCUUCCCAGGGGAGGAUGGUGCGGGGCCUCCUGUGCAGACCUUCUUAGACAAGCGUUUUCUUUCCUUCACAGACCCCUAGUCUGGUUGUCUCUUUUUCACUCCAGAGACCUGUUGCCUAGUCUGUUUCCUGGAGAGGGAGUCAGCUCCUCCCUCAACCCCUGCCUUAAGUCCACAUUGCCUCAGGGGUCUCUUUUCCUGGGCCUGCCAGGGUCCCCACUCUUCUCUCCCUGCCCAGUUCUCUGGCUCUGGGCUCCCUCUGUAUUGGGUGAGGGACCAGCAUUAUUGCCUUUUGUGGGUACGUAGCCCCUCACCCCAUUUAGUGUCCACAGUCUUUGCACCCAAUCAGAAUUGUCGAGUGUUUCUGUCUCGUUUUGAGCAAAAUUUACUGACCCUCAGCUACAUAAUUUCAGUGUAAAUCUGAGCCUUUAAGUCAGACACCUUAAACUAUGUAGUGUUCGCUGAGGGGACUAGAACCAUGCACCCUCAGCUGGGACCCCGGGGCUGCAGUGAGACCCAGGCCAGGCCUCUAAAUAGCUUACGUACCCAACUUUCUCUGGAAGGCUUACUGGCUCUAGCCGUGAGGCGGGCCCCCAGGAUAAGACCCCAUCUUGUCUCAGUGUGAGGCUUUGUCUCUGUGCGUGGCUCUGGGAAAGAUGUGCCAAUGAUGGAGUUUCUCCCACUGGCCUUUCUGAAACAGCCCAUCUGCCCCCCACCACUCUCCAGUGGGCCUACUGUCUCCUCCAUAGGGGCUGGUUGUGGGUUGACUUAGGCAGUUACAGGGUUCAGAUUUCAGCCCUAGACUGUAUUGUAUUUGGGGGUCGACUCGAGUCAAUAUGUCCUGUCCUUGGGGUCCUGGGAAGGUUUUUUUUUCUCCUGGUUUCAGAGGCCUCCCUUCUGGGUCUCGUUUCUAAAUACCUCACUGUCCUGGAAAAGGGCCUGGAUGGUGACUGGGGUCAUUGCCUUGUGGGCAGGAGUGUGGUCUGAUGGCUGCACUCUGGUGGGGAGAGGCCAAGUGGAGGGAUCUUAGUUGCUGCCCUGGCUGGGGGGGCUGGGAGUGUUUAUUUUAAGAACCUGCCAUGUUUUUAAUCACUGUGACUUUUUCAUUCCUUUUCCCUAAAACAAAAAGAAACUUCCCCCCAACUCUCGAAGCACUAAGGGCUGUGACUGAGAAUGGUAGCAUUUGGUCCUUUGCGUCAGAACUGUGGUAUCUUUGUCUUCGUUGAUUAUUAUUAUUAUUAUUAUUAUUUUUAACAAUGUCAGGAUGCGUUGUCAAGUGUGUGGCUGUGUUUGUCUCCUGCUUCCCCCUUGAGGGAAGUGUCUUCAUGCUGUGAACUGCUGUGGGGGGUGCUGACUCAGCCCCUCUAAGCGGUUGCCCUGUGACAACCUGUCAAGUGCUGGGUUUUCUGGGUUUUCCUGGGGAGUGUGCCCACAUUAUCUUGGGGUGCCAUGGCUGUUUUUCCUGUGACUGUUGGGGCCCAGCUUGUCCCCACCAGACCUCCCAAACCUCCUUUCAUUGCCUCGGACCUCGUCCUCUCCCCACACUUGAGCACACAUGCGCCAUCCCUCACCUACCUCACCGCCCUGCUGUCCCCAGCCUCCCUUCCUCCUACUCUACCCUGUGCUGUCUCUUAUGCUUGUGUGUUUUCCACUGUCUUUUCUUCUCAUCUCCUACACUUCAGCCCUUAAUUUUUCAUUCCAAACACCUCCUUGGUAUUCCUGUGGCAAACUCUGAUGCAAUACCUGUGAUGAGACGUUGGGAUCCCUGGGACAUUCUCACCUGAGACCUCUGUUCUCCAGUUUGUGUUCUCUCCUCUUCCGCUGGGCCUGGAUGAGCUCCAUGGCCCUCCAUGGUAUCUGUCAGUCUGUCUGUCUGUCUUCUCUUUUCUCUGCCUUCCUCAGGAGGCAGACUCUGCUGUUGGAUCGGUCCUGGUGUGUGAUUGUUGCGAUUUGUUCUUCUGUGCGCGAAAGGAAGAGGGGUCUUUGACUUCCUUCCAAGUGAGAUUGUAAAUGUAGAAUUUUCCACUGUUGAAUCUAGAUUUCUUUUCUUUUCUUUUCUUUCUUUUUUUGAUUACAGAGCUGAGACAUUGUGCAUGCAUGUAGAAAAUUGUAAAAUGUAAAUUUUUUUUUAAUAUAUAAAAAGCUUGUUUUUACAGUUUGCAGUGGAUCUAAACAUGAUGGCAA